AUGCCUGCCAACAACCUCUUUACGCCCCUCAAGCUCGGCCGCCUCGAGCUCGCCAACCGCAUUCUCAUGGCACCGCUCACGCGCUGCCGUGCGACGCCCGGCGACCACAUCCCGACCGACGCCAUGAUCCAGCACUACGCGGACCGCGCUGCCGCUGGCCUCAUCAUUGCCGAGUGCUCGAUGAUCGCGCCCAAGACGUCGGCCUUCUACUCGGAUCCUGGUGUCUAUGCGCCCGAGCAGUUGGCGGUGUGGAAGAAGAUCACGGACGCG